CGAUAUAUUUUAUCCAGCUCUCAACACUGACAAAAGCAGAACUGAAGCAACAUGGCGGCUAUGGCAGCUCCCACAACGCUGGUUGCGAAAAGACGAAAGCAUUUUCUUGGUGUUCCGGCACCCUUAGGAUAUGUUGCCGGCGUCGGAAGAGGCGCUACUGGCUUCACCACACGUUCCGAUAUCGGUCCUGCCCGGGAUGCAAGUGAUGUUCCUGACGAUCGUCACGCACCACCUACCAAACGGAAAAAGAACCAGAAGGAAGAAGAGGAGGAUGACGAAGAAGAUCUUAACGACUCCAACUAUGACGAGUUUGCAGGCUAUGGUGGCAGCCUGUUCAGCAAGGACCCCUACGACAAAGACGAUGAGGAAGCUGAUGCCAUCUAUGAAGCCAUUGACCGCAGGAUGGAUGAGAAGCGCAAAGAAUACAGUGGUCUGGCCAGGGAGUGCAGCAGUGGACGAGGUUUUGGUGGCGGCAGCUUGAGGAACGUGGCCCCGAUGAUCUCUGCAGCGCAGAGGCCGCAGCUACUCGCCAAGACAACAGCACUAGCAUCACCGUCACCCCCGCAGCAGCACCACAGCAAAACAAAGUACCGCAGUAGCACCGGAGCACCAGCAGCAACACAGCAGCAGCAACAGCAGCAGCUAUGGAGCACGUAA